AUGACAGCUAAAGAAAUACCACGAUUGCCAUCAAUGAGUGCUCACAUUGAUUCAGACCGUAGUAUCAAUUGUUAUAAUUUUAGUGUAGGAAAUGGCAACUUAUUUGAAUUUUUUUCACCUAAUUAUCCAAAUAAUUAUCCCAACGAUACUGAAUGCGAACGAGUUAUUAAAGCACCUCAUGGCCAUCAAAUAAGUAUUGAAUUUCGUGAUCAGUUUCAUCUGGAAGAGGCAACCAAUUGUGAAUACGACUAUUUGGAGAUCCGUGACGGCGCUUACGGCUAUUCAAAUAUUAUUGCCAAACUAUGCGGACAUGAGUUCCCCAGAGAUAUCAUAAGCAACGAUCGCUAUCUAUUCCUACGAUUUGUAUCCGACGAAAGUAUCCAAUAUUCUGGCUUUCGGGCCGUCUAUUCAUUUAAAAAACUGCACAUUCAACGACCGGAACCACCAAGGGAAUGUCGAUUCAAUAAGACGGGUGUGAGUGGAAUCAUACAUCAUAGAGAAAUACCACCAGAAUUACAGAAUUAUUCAAUUGUCGAGGAAUUAUCCAUCGAUUGUAUUUGGAAUAUCACUGUAAGACCCGGUUAUCAGAUGUAUUUGACAUUCAAUGAUUAUGGCCUAACAAUUCCCAAUAACUGUGAAUCCAAUUAUAUCGAUGUAUACAACGAUAAGUUGAGUGAAUCGUCUCGCGAGCAGCGCUUCUGCGGUACGAAAGCAGAAUCUGUUCGCUCGAAAUCCAAUACAAUGAAUAUCCGAUUCUUUGCCAAACCCAAGGCUAUCGAAGGCGUAAAGUUUGAAAUUAUUUUUACCGCUUUUAGGGAACUACCUAAUAAAGAAAAAUGUCGUAGCGAUGAAUUUGAUUGCGCGGACAGCACUUGCAUUGACCAGAGUCUCAAAUGUGAUGGUUAUGACAAUUGUAAAUAUCGUUACGAUGAAGACAAACAAACUACUUGUGCUCCAAAAAGUGGUGGUAUAUUUAACUUCACGUCCCAACAUAUGGUCGUAAUAUUAGUAGUGUUUUGUGCACUGGUGUUGGGUAUGUGCGCCUCAAUAACCAUCUCGUGUUGGAGUAAAAUCCAAGAGAGAAGACAACGAAAACGCGAUUAUAAGCUUCGGAGGUCAAGGGAGACAUCAGUCGAAGUUGGAUUAGACCGGACAAUGACUAUCACUAGUUUGGAUCGUUCGGCACUCGAGAAUGAAAUCGCUGCUCAACAACAAGUACUCGGAUCAGUCGGUAGGACACGAAAGAUGAUAACAACGGCCAACACUAUCUCAAGAAAGAGUGGUUUUCACAACGACGACGAACUCAAUGGUUGUUAUGUACCGGAAGUCGAUUUAAGUGUAUUCCGCAAACAACCAAACGGUGCCACACAACAGCUCAUUGACGAUAAAUUUUCACCCGACUCACCAACUCAUAUGAUUAUGUCUAAUCAAAUAUCACCCGAUUGUCAACAUUAUUAUAGUCAUCAACAGCAAAGAGAUUCCAUGCGUAGCAGUUCAGAGAGUCCGAUACCACCUCCACCACCGCCACCGAUGUUGAGUCAUAUGAGAUCCAGACAACGGACUGUUCCGUUAGACGCCAGCAAAUUAGACUCGUGUUCGCCAACUAAUGACAAUCACCAUCUGAUGGAACAGAGUCUUCACGGACAUCAGUCGUCUGUACCGCAAAUGCAUCGACCAGACUGUGCCCAACACACCAACAAUUCUCCAGACUAUUCAUUAAGAACUGUUAAACCAGAAUAUAGUCGAUCGGCUUCUGUUCCCAUCGGACCUCAUGUCAGUGUCAUCAACGAUGGCAAUGACAAUGACGAUGAUUGCGACGACUAUUGUUGUGAAGAUAACACUGUUGUGCCUUCAGAUUCAAGAACUCGGUGUUUCAGAGCUGAGGCUAUCAUCGAAAUGAGUGGUUCGGGUCCAGUGUCUGGUACUGGCCAUCGACACCGAGGCUUUGAGACAACCAGAUCGGCACCCGAUGUGGUAGUCAUGCGUUGA